AUGUACAAAGUUGUCACGAUUUUUAUAAUUCAACGACAGAAAUUGGAAAGAUUAACUGAAGAAAAUUUUGCUGCUUAUUUUAGAUUUAUUUCUUAUUUUGUUAGUCAUAACGUUAUGAACAUCAAAGAUGGAUGUUUAUCGAUUUCGUGGAAUAUCAGUUUUGAUGCAAUGGAAAGUAAAACUUUCUCAUUAGAUUUUCGUGGAGAUGGUUGA